UGUUGUUGUUAGAAAUCAGAUCAUCCUGAGAUUUACACAGAUAUAUAGACUGUGAUUAAAGCAUGAAGAUACCAGUGUGAAUAUAUUUUAGCACAAACAUUAAAGCGAGGUCUCUUGGGGCUGAGACGCUCAUAUAUUAAAAUACUAGUCAGGACAUUUUGUGUAGAAUAAAAUGAUUGUCAUGUUGUGUUGUGGUUUAGAAGGUAAACAUGGUUUCAUAUAUUAGUGGUGUAGUGUAUAACACUGAAGGAUGCUGUAGGCUUGUGUAGGCUCCUGUGAGCGUGUCAUAGAUGUUCCGGAACAGAAUGAGAGUUUGUCUCCAUUUACAUUUAAAUUGUUGCCAUUCGAAUUCAAUCACAGUGAGAGAACGUCGUCCAGCGAGCGAUUACUUAGUGAGAGACCUUUAAUAUUCACAAUUUACACAGAAUACUUUCUUUUCACACAACACACACCAAACUUUUUACACAACACACACACCACACUUUUUAAACUCCACACAUUAUUUUUUUUUGCAAAUAUUACUUUUCACACAAGGAACAUCACACCAUCAAGUUUGGAAAAUGUCCCAGCCUGAAGAAACAGUGCUGCAUGUGCCUGUCGCAUAUACACCUGUCUUUGAAGAUGUCCCGGUCAACAUCUGUCCCGUGUACUCCCCCGAGAACACGGCCAUGUACAACCCCGGGUUCAACCCAGAGUACAACCCCAUGUACUACCCCGUAUACAGCCCCGAGUUCAACCCUGAGUACACGGCCAUGUACUACCCCGUGUACACCCCGGAGUUCAACCCAGUGUACCACCCCGAGUACAACCCUGUGUACUUCCAAAUCCUGCCACCCGAAUUCUGCCCCCAACCCCCAACAGUGGAGACUGUUGGAGAACAAUGCUUCCUCCCAUCUCCCCAGCAUCCUCAGAACCACCAGCAAAUUCUGCCCAAAAGGACGGGCACACUGAUUACAAAUCAGGACCCCAAUGACGGUGGAGAACGUGAGAAUGUGUCUGUACCCCAACACGUGUCUCCCCCUGAAACUGCGUCUCCACCUGAAACCGCGUCUUCCCCUGAAACUGUGUCUGCCCCUGAAACGGCGUCUCCCCCUGAAACAGCAUCUCCCCCUGAAACGGUGUCUCCCCCUGAAACGGCGUCUCCCCCUGAGAACAUGUCUCAUCCCGAGCCUGUGCAGACAGAUACUGCAAACACAACGUCCCAGCCUGAAGAAACAGUGCUCCAUGUCGCAUAUACACCUGUCUUUGAAGAUGUCCCUGUCAACAUCUGUCCCGUGUACUACCCCGAGUACAACCAUGUGUACAACCCUGUGUACUACCAAAUCCUGCCACCCGAAUUCUGCCCCCAACCCCCAACAGUGGAGACUGUUGGAGAAGAAUGCUUCCUCCCAUCUCCCCAGCAUCCUCAGAACCACCAGCAAAUUCUGCCCAAAAGGACAGGCACACUGAUUGGGCGAGACGUUAUGAUCGACAGGCUUCUGGGAGGAGCAGCCAUGUAUCGACCAGAGAACGUGUUUCCACCAGAGAACAUGUCUGUACCCCAAAACGUGUUUCCACACAAACACAAACCCACCUACGACACACCAAACACAAAGGGAGUUGAACUGUUCAUUAGAGGUUUGGACUCCAUUGAUGAGCAGCGCCUCUAUAAGGAGUUCCGCCCUUUUGGGAAUAUCAUCAGAAUUAAGCUUAUAAAGGCAAAAGGGUACGGAUACAUCAAAUAUUUCUCUGAAGCUGAAGCAAGAACGGCUAUCAGGGAGAUGAACGGGAAGAUUGUGGGAGCGGACCGGCUGAACGUUACUCUGAACAAAACAAAAACAGAACGAGCAGAGGAGAAGAUGAGACGUGACUGGAACAGAAGCAAGUGGCAGAAUCAUAACAAAGGCUCGAAGUUGUUCUGGAAAUGGACAUAAAGAACAAUAAUAAGAAUAAAUAAAGGUACAUCUUCUAAAUGUCA